AUGAGCGUCUCCGUCUCGCCGCCCUUCGCGUCGUCCUCCGCCAACCUCAGGCUCACCGUACCAAAGGGCCCCUCACCGCCUCGGACGCCAGUGGACCAUCUCAAACCGCGUUCAUCGUCGUCGACGUCCUCAGACGACUCUUCCAUUAUCGAUGACCUGUCCUUCGAGUACGUCUUUGACGACGAAGGCAACUAUGUUCGACUUUCGAAAGGAGGAUCGGCCAAGUCGAAUCACUCGACACCUCCUACUCCAGCUGAUCGUCUGCCACGCGACUCAGACCCCCCACCAAGCCAACCCAACUUGCUGCUGCAAGUUAAGCCACCUUCACCCAUAUCCCUAAAUUCGCCAAUUCGACGCGGAUCUCUGUCGCGGUCUGAGAGUGCAUAUCCGGUUCUAAAUGGACCUGGCGUGCUACCCUCCGACCGCGUGAAUUCAGCCGCGGCUACAGCUAGAUCUUUCCAAAGGGUCGCGUCUGGCCCGGCUCUCAUCAAAUCUGCUACGUCUUUCGCUGGCCAAAGUCAACCAAAGGGUCGACUUGUUCCACGACGAGUAACCAUGGAGGAUCAAGAACCUCAAAGUAGAAAAUCCUUCGAGGACUUACACAUCCAUAACGAUGAGGAGCCGCGACUGAAGCAGGAGGAAAAGGAGAAUCGUUUAGAUCCUUCAGAAUACCCGUACGUGCUCGCAAUAGCUGCAGCCUCAGCAAGGAGGAAUUCGCCACCACUUGCUACUCGUUCAACGUCUCUGUCCGGGAUGCAAUCACGUGGUGCAGGACUCUCUCGUUUGUUGCCUGCGACGCGUCCAUUAGCAGAUGUACCUGUCCCCCAGCGCGCGUCGGACUUCCAGAUACUUCCUGGUCCCAACAGACCCGGCCGCAUCUUGAAAGGUCUCGGCUCCGCUGCUGCCAAGUUCUCCGCCGCCUCCGGAUUCGGACGAAUCUCAGAGACCGAGGCUUCCGUGAAUGAUUCUGGGGACCGUCAACAGGUCGCAUAUCCCAAUGACGAUACAGACAUUAUUGUCGACGACCGCGCUAAUGGUUUGGGCCCACCACCUGUGUCUGCUCCUCCUGGGUUGAGUAACAACCCUUUAUCCCAUCGCCAACGAAGUCAUGGCGCAAUUGGCGGAACUUCCGCACCCGCGAUCGAGAAGGCCACUAAUAAUCGGCCUCGAAGGUCAGCUAGUUUAAGUGAAUCAUCCGCGCUUGAAGAUAACCCCUACAACUUCCACCAGAUUAACUACCAGCAAGAACAACUGUCACAUGUCAGACCGGGGAGCAGUAUGGGUCUCAUUCAUCAAUCCACCUCGAGGGCUCAAGGGCCUGAUAAUCGGGAACCCGAGCCUUCAGACCAACAAAAAUACCUUCGCGAGGAGAAAACGAAUGGUCGGCGUACUCCAGAUAUUCUCCACGAGCAUGAGGAACGCCAAUACGCCUCACAGGUCGACGGGGCAAUUCAACAGUCCCAUCUUCGCCCGACCUAUACACAUCGACGCCGUGACUCUGAUACUGUACGGUCCGCCUACACCUGUAGCUCUCCUACCGUCGUCGAGGCCGCAAAACCUACGGCUCUUGAUCAGCCCCAGAAGCGCCUUUCCCCCGUUUCUCGAAGCUCGUCAGCGGCGGGAAUGCACAGGCGUAGUCCUACGGCUCCGGAACCUCCAACAACAAGCUCGACUAUGGCACCACCCAAUGGCACCGUGGGGCAAUUUGGUACGACAUGGGCGUCGGCCGAGAAGAGAAACGCUGCCAAUGGUCAAGUGGAUGUUGCAAAAGGUUUGAAGAAACAGUCCUCCAUCCCAACUCAGCAACAGCACUCUCGCCCCGCUCCUCCCGCUCCUCAGCCAACACUCAUGACCAUGAACGGGCAGGGUAGCCGUCAAUUCACGGUCAACAAGAAAACAUAUGCUCGGUUAGAUUUGAUUGGCAAAGGGGGAACCUCGAGAGUCUUCCGCGUGAUGAACGCUUCUAACGAGCUGUUCGCUCUCAAGCGCGUGUCGCUGGACAAGACUGACGCCGACGCUCUGCACGGCUACAUGAACGAGAUUGCUUUGCUGAAGCGACUGGACGGCAACUCUCGGAUUAUUCGCCUAUAUGAUAGUGAGCUGAAGGCUGGACCCAACGGUAGCAAAGGCUACCUACUUAUGGUCAUGGAGUGCGGAGAAAUCGAUUUAGCAAGAUUGCUACAUGAACAGCAGAAGGAACCGAUGAAUAUGGUAUGGAUAGCUUACUACUGGCAACAGAUGCUUCAAGCAGUCCACGUCAUACACGAGGAAAAGAUUGUGCACUCGGAUCUGAAGCCCGCCAAUUUUGUACUCGUCAAGGGUCAGCUGAAGCUCAUCGAUUUCGGUAUUGCUAAUGCCAUUGCCAACGACACGACCAAUGUGCAACGUGAUGCCACGGUUGGUACUGUAAAUUAUAUGAGCCCCGAGGCCAUCGAACUGCCCGACGGUAUGCGACGGUUGAAAGUUGGUCGACCAAGCGACAUAUGGUCAUUGGGCUGUAUCCUCUAUCAAAUGGUGUAUGGUCGUCCCCCAUUCCAUGAUUUGGGCAUGUAUCAGAAAAUGAAGGCAAUUCCGGACGUAGCACACGUCAUCGAGUUCCCCGAAUAUUCCACCCCAUCGAUACCACCAUCACAGCAAACUGGGGAUGUGAUCGAAUGCAUGAAGAUGUGUCUACGCCGAGUCCCAAAGGACCGCGUUACCAUUCCGGAUUUGUUGGCGCAGGAAUGGCUAGCGAUGGGUGAUGAAUCACACCAAACCGCUGCUCCAGCACCGCCCAAGCUCGCGCCAGAUGAGACCAUCAUCAACCCUCACUAUAUGCGUCAGCUACUUCAAUACGGGAUCAGACUCGGUCAAACAGGUGACGCCAAUCUUGAUGACGAUGCACUGAUGCAGGACGCUGAGCGACUGAUUAAAGAGCUACAAGCCUUACAGCGCGCAGCGUCUUGA